AUGUCCUACAACAGAGAAGAAUUUGGUGGCGGCGGCUCCUCCGGCUCGAACUACUACGACCAGAACGCCGACUUCAGCGAACAGCCCCGCCACGGCCACGGCCACCACGGUGGUGAAGAGUACCGCGGUGGAAACGACGACUACCGCGGCGGCCAGCAAGAGUACCGCGGUGGAAAUGACGACUACCGCGGUGGCCAGCAAGAAUACCGUGACACACGCUACAACGGCCCGGACUCCUACAGCGGCGGCGAUGAUUUCUCCUCCGCGGCCCGACACGCCAAUGAGCACCACGGUGAUAGCUCGCACAGCGGACUCUUCGAUAAUGCCAUGUCCUUCCUGAAUGAACGCAAGAGCCAAAUCCAGCAGGGCGAUUACGAGGUUGAUGAGCAGCAUGCUGUCCAGUCUCACCAGGCUAUGUACAAUAGUGGUAGCUCCGAGGGACAGAGCCAUGACUCUUCGACUGUUGGUGCCGGUGCUGCUAUGCAGGCUUUGAAGAUGUUCACUGGGGGCAGUGGUAGCUCCAGUGAUGGAGGCUUUGAUAAGAACAAGCUGAUUGGAAUGGCUAUGUCCCAGGCUGGAAAGCUGUGGGAUGAGAAGCAGUCUGGCGGUGCUAGCAUGUCUGGUGACAAGCAGUCUGCUGUUAACAACGCUGCUGAGAUGGCUAUGAAGAUGUACAUGAAGAGCCAGGGUGGUGGUAUUGGUGGCACUGGUGGUGCUAGCGGUCUUCUGAGCUUGGCUUCAAAGUUCCUUUAA